UCUGAAGUGGGCGGAGAGCGUUCCCAGAGAAAACAAUCCUGAGCGAAUAGGAUGCAAGACUGGUUGGCACUUGUCGGAACACGCAGGGUUACCCGCUGUUAAUCGAAAGGUGGAGUAUACGUUGGUCUCGACGUGUAGCCACGAAAAUUGACACUAACUGUAUCCGUUCAUCGUGAACCAAGAGUUUCCUGAUGGAGAAGAAGAAGCAGUGCUCGGUGUGUGACAGCUCCCGCCAAACCUCGUACGGUGUGGCAGUGUCUUCGCUAACUGAACUGAAAACGAAAGCAUGUAAGAAUUUGCACAUUAGUAGUGAUCCAGAAGCAAUCAUGUUGGUACUUGAUGAAGAUGGUACCAUUGUAGAAGAUGAGGACUACUUCUUGUGCUUACCUGGAAAUACGAAAUUCAUGUUGUUGAAAGAGAAAGAAAAGUGGAAACCACCCCAGACAGUUGAUGGUGGCACAGCUUGGUUAAUGCGUGAAUCAGUGACUGAAGAUGAAGUUGACAUUGCAGUGCCGCUAAAUUGGAAGGAUUUGGCAAAGCAGUUGAAACAAGACUUGGCCAAUAUUCUUCUCAUGUCAGAAGCAGAUCUUCAGACUCUCACUGAUGCCCCUUGUGACCAGCUAGCUGCUGAAAUGCAAGAGAAUGUCUGCAAAACAAAGAAAUUACAAGAUACUCUUCAGCGUGUUUUGGACAGGAAAGAGGAAGAGCGCCAAUCAAGACAAAUUUUGGAACUUUAUUUGGAGGCUUUGAAGAUAGAAAAUAAAAAAGCUUCUGUGGAGUGGGCAAGUGGUUCUUCGCAAGAUGUGGUUGAUUCAAGCAUAGAUUCCUCUGGAAGUUCCACGUUGAGCUGUAGAUUAAUUAAUGUUCUUAAAGAAAAAUCCAGUCCUGAACUGAGCUUGUCUAACCAAGAACUUCAGGUAGUGGUUAAAGAGAAUGUGGAUGUUCUGGUAUCAGCUCUUAAAGUUGAAAAACAGAAGGCUUUGUCUCUACAGCAGGCUUGUGAAGAAGAACUGAAUCAUCGUUUAGAGCAGGUGAAGAUCCUGCAUUCUCUCAGCAGCUGCUCCAAAGGGAGGAAAACUGAAGAGGAUAAUGUGGAUGUUGCACAGACUAAACGCAAGAAAUAACUACCUUAACUAACUUCCGUUGUAUUUUCACAUUUAGUUUUAUGGGCGAUGGAUGCUUGAUCUCCUUGCUAAACAUGAACUACAAGGAUAUAUGUAAACAUAACGUGAACUCUUACCUUAAUGAUGGACAUUAAAUAACAGUUUAAUAAAUGAUAUGGAUUGCAUUUUACAAAGCAUAGUAUAUUUUUAUGUAUUUUUGCAUUAAGUACUGCCAUUUGACUACAGAAUGUACUUUUUUAAAUGGAUCAUCAUUUUUGUCUGUAUAAAUAAUAAAUGGAGAACAAAACAAACAA